AUUCAAACCCUGCUCACUUUCGUACCUGGCAAAGAGCUCUGCCAGGUAGCACGUGAAAGUCAGAAGCAGUCCCAGCUAGCUACUUUCCAGUCGAUACAUCUGCUGUUACUGGGUCCUUUACGUCUGCUUAUGCUUUCUACAUCCCAGCAGAGGUGCUCGUCUGCGGGCUCCCCUCAUUCAUCGACGGAAACGACAUGUAUUCGGCGGAACACGGAGUUCUGAUGUAUUGGUGAGGAUGGGCUUCUCUAUAGGGAUCGACAUUGGCACGGCCAACACUCGCGUCGCGGUCUUUCGCAAUGGCCGUCCCGAGAUUAUCCCUGAUGCAGAUGGCCGACAUUCUAUGCCCUCUUACGUGGCUUUCACGGAGAGAUGUCGCUUGUUUGGAAGCGCAGCCAAGGCCCAGGCUACCUCCCACCCCGAGAACACCGUGUACGGCGUCAAGCGUAUCCUGGGCCAGCACCUGGAUCAGGUGCAGGUGAGCCGAUACACGAGAGCCUCCUCCAACCACCCUCAGGAAAACAACGGCCAGAUUACCAUCUCCGUGGGCUACAAGAAACGAUCACACCACCUGUCCCCGGUGCAGGUAUUUGCGAUGCUGGUCGCGCGGGCACGAGCAAAUGCGGAGGCUUAUCUGGGAGAGCCGGUCUAUAAUGCAGCCAUAAGCGUGCCAGCAUAUUUCAACAAUAGCCAGAGAGAAGACGUCCGUGAUGCGGUCUUGCUCGGCGGUGUCAAUCUGCUGUACAUGGGCACAAGCAUCGAGUCGAUUGCACUGUAUCACGCAUUUAUUAAUCGACAGGAAGGCGAAAGGCUCACCCUAUUUUUAGAUCUUGGAGCCAGCUUCUUCAACGCUGGUUUGGCAUUGAUCGAGGAGGGCAUCAUUGAGAUGGUCUCAUGUGCCAGCGACAACGAUCUGGGAACCGAGGAUUUCGUUGACCGCCUCCAUAAGCACUUCGCUGCCGAGAUACAGAGGAAAUGGGGUUGGGAUAUCAAAGAUGACUUACGAGCCAAGCGUCGCCUGAGGGUGGCUUGCGAGGUCGCUAUGAGGGACUUGAGCUCGAUAGCAUCGACUGAGGUCUACAUCGACUCACUCUAUGACGGCCAGGACUUUUCCGGGACUAUAACUCGUAUAAGGCUGGAAGAGUUGUGCCACGAUCUUUUUCGUUCUACAUUUCAGCCAAUCCAACGCGUCCUCGCCGACGCGAAGCGGGACAAGUCCUUGGUUAUGGACAUUGUCAUAGUGGGCGGCGGCUCACGUAUCCCCAAGUUGCAGAAGAUGUGGUCCGACUAUUUCGGCUCAAAACCUCUAGUCAAGACAGUGAACCCAGAUGAGGGGGAGGUCCUCGGAAGUUCCAUAUAUGCCGACAUCUUCUCUGGCUAUGUAUACUCUUUGAGAGACCUUUUAGUCUUGCCCAUCCUGCCGAUUAGUAUCGGAUUCGAAACAAGAAGAGGAAUGUUCAAGAUAGUCCCUCGCAACAAAACCUGCCCGACGACCAAGAUCGAGAGCCACUCGCUGUAUGAACUCAACUUUGGGCCCAGCGAUCGCCCCACCUUGAGAUUCUACCAGGGUGAAAGAGUAAGAGUCAAGGAUAACUUACUAAUUGGCACGCUGGACCUUGCCGAACUUCCA